CCGGAUCGCACUGGACCUAGCCCGCAGGAUUCGAAAGUUUGAAUACCUUACGUACUAGUCCGGUUCCAGAACUUCCAGGCGUCCGCCAAGCGCGCCCUGUUAUUGUUAUCCACUAUCAGGUGGAGCGAUGGAGCUAGUGCUGACCGUUGCCGCUGGUCUUCAAGCAAGGGUGAGGAUUAAGGUCUGUAUUAGCGUCUGCAGUUCGAGCUUGUCUCUCGUCUACAAAAGAAGCAGCAUGUCCCUCCAGUGUUCGCGGGGAUACGGAGGACAAGUCCAUUAAUACAACACAAAUUCCAUAAGGUUUAUUGUACAAUACAUACAUGUAGGUAAGACCUGGGUACUAUCUAGGCAACCAUGGAGGUCAUCCCCAUCUCGGCGCUCGAUAACGUCGGCGCCUUCCGCAACACCCGAGUGCGGACCUUUUUCCUCCUCGACGACCGACUCGACGAGGUCAAGCUGCGCGAUGCCUUGACGGGUCUGAUCCGAGAUCAUUGGCGCAAGUUGGGUGCCCGCAUAGUCAUGGGCAAGAACAAGCGGCGUCCCGUCUACCACGUGCCCAAGGUCUUCGACGACAACUACGAGCUCUUCCGCUGGUCGGUGGACCACAGCGCCUCCCCCAUCGACGAGGCGGCCCCCGAGCUGCAGCUCAAGACCGCCAAGCCGGAAGGCGGCGUGGCUGUGCUCCCGUCGGUCGAGGUCUUUGACGCCCGCUUCCGUCCCCAGCACUGGCCCAUCAGCCUCGACGCGGAACCCGACGCGCCGCUGCUCCUGGUGCACCUGUCUCUCUUCGCCGACGCCACCGUCAUCUCCACCAGCCACCCGCACAUCCUAGGCGACCAGCUCGGUCUGGCCAACAUACUCAAGGCCUGGCUGGGUCUGCUCGAGCACAAGGCACCUCCGCCGAUGGUGGGGUACAACGAAGACAUCCUCCCCGGCCAGAAGCCCUUCGCCGAGUAUCCCAAAUCCGAGACCUUCAAGAAGGGCCGGCACCGCGUCCGCGGUCCCUUUGAGAGACUCUUCAUUCUCCCUGGCUACAUCUGGGAGAUGAUUCUCGAGCCCAAGGAAGAGAAGGCCACCGUCUUUUUCCCGUUGCCUGUGCUCCAAUCCCUCCGCGAGCGGUACACCGCAGGGCUCAGCGAGAAGGACGGCGCCAGUGCAGAGCUGACCAAUGGCGAUAUCAUUUCGGCCAUCAUGACCAAGCUCGUCCGCCUCUACUCCAACAAGAAGCCGACCCUCAGCCUGACACAAACCAUCAAUCUCCGCGGCCGCAUCCCCGCGCUCUCCACGCCGCAGGCCCAAGCAGGCUACCUCCACAACGGCCUCAUCUAUGCCACGUCGCGCUUCCGCUACGACCCGGCCAUGCCGGCGUCGGAGAUUGCCCGGCUCAACCGCGCCGCCGUCGCCGACGUCCUCGGCGACGAGGACACCAUCGAUGUGCUCUGCGCCGUGUCCCGCGAGCAGCACCGCCGGGACCAGCCGCUGCACAUCUGCGAGCCGUGGGAGCGCAGCUACCACAUCACCAACUGGGCGCCCGCCUGGCGCGACCUCGACUUCGGCCCCGCGCUGGCCGAGGACGCUAGGGAGGCCAGGCAGGGGAGGCGCGUUGGCUUGGUCGUGCACGGAGAUGGCCAGGUGCCCGGCGUACCGGCGAGAUACGUGUCGUUUAUCACGUCCAAGAGCGAGGACGGCUACUGGGUUAGUUUCGGGACGACGAUCCGGGGGAUGGAAGCGGUGCGGAAGUACCUUGCUGAGGAUCCGAUGCUGGAGAGGUUCUAGCGGGCCAAAGGGGAGAGACGGGAUGACGUUUACAUUGAUACUUCGUAUAGAUCGAGAAGUCGCGAUCUUUCAUUAAAUUGUAGGUCAGCCUCAGUGGAGUCAAGGAUUCCUUUGUAUAAACACAUACCUAGGUAGUUGGACAGCUAGGUCACCGAAUAAUUGCAUUUCCUUUCUCGGCUU